UGCCUGCAUUGGGUGCGGUUGGUGAUCCUGGUUGGACCGGUGGAGAUGCGCGCGCACGAAGGGGAUGUGUCAGAAACAUUUUGUUUGUUCUCUGUGAACUUUUAGAUGUGUUAAAGGCGGCGAAUAUUAGCAGAGGGUCCUCCUUGUUGGAUUCUCUCUUGAAUUUCGCCCUUUCCUUCUCUUUGCGAGUCUCGUAGAGAACAAGCACUCGUUCGCCGUCCCUGACGACGCAACCCGCGCAGAAGACAUCCACCAAACGGUGUUACACAAUCACCUUGUGUGAAGUUCUUGCGGAAAACUACUCGUUGGCAUUUUUUCUUGAAUUCCCUUUUUCGACAAAAUGAGAGAGGUUAUCAGCAUCCACGUCGGCCAGGCCGGUAUCCAAAUCGGUAACGCCUGCUGGGAGCUCUUCUGCCUGGAACAUGGUAUCCAGCCGGAUGGGCAGAUGCCCUCUGACAAGACCAUUGGAGGUGGUGACGACGCCUUCAACACCUUCUUUUCCGAGACAGGCGCUGGCAAGCACGUGCCCCGAUGCGUCUUCUUGGAUUUGGAGCCCACCGUCGUCGAUGAGGUUCGCACCGGCACUUACCGCCACCUGUUCCACCCGGAGCAGUUGAUCAGCGGGAAAGAGGAUGCUGCGAACAACUUCGCGCGUGGUCACUACACCAUCGGCAAGGAGAUCGUCGACCUCUCCCUCGACCGUAUCCGCAAGUUGGCUGACAACUGCACUGGUCUCCAGGGUUUCUUGAUGUUCAACGCCGUCGGCGGUGGUACCGGUUCCGGUCUCGGUUGCCUCCUGCUCGAGCGCCUGUCUGUUGACUACGGCAAGAAGUCGAAGCUGAACUUCUGCUCGUGGCCCUCGCCCCAGGUGUCGACCGCAGUUGUGGAACCGUACAACUCCGUCCUUUCCACUCACUCUCUGUUGGAGCACACCGACGUGGCCGUCAUGCUCGACAACGAGGCCAUCUACGACAUCUGCCGCCGCAACCUGGACAUCGAGCGCCCGACCUACACCAACCUGAACAGACUGAUUGCCCAGGUCAUCUCCUCCCUGACCGCGUCUCUCCGUUUCGAUGGUGCGCUCAACGUCGACGUGACUGAGUUCCAGACCAACUUGGUGCCCUACCCGCGCAUUCACUUCAUGCUCUCAUCGUAUGCGCCCAUCAUCAGCGCAGAGAAGGCGUACCACGAGCAGUUGUCUGUCGCUGAGAUCACCAACUCGGCUUUCGAGCCCGCGAGCAUGAUGGCCAAGUGUGAUCCUCGUCACGGAAAGUACAUGGCCUGCUGCUUGAUGUACCGUGGUGAUGUCGUCCCCAAGGAUGUGAACGCAGCCGUUGCGACCAUCAAGACCAAGAGAACCAUCCAGUUCGUCGACUGGUGUCCCACCGGGUUCAAGUGCGGUAUCAACUACCAGCCACCCACUGUGGUUCCUGGUGGUGACUUGGCCAAGGUCAUGCGCGCCGUCUGCAUGAUCAGCAACAGCACUGCCAUCGCAGAAGUUUUCAGUCGCAUGGACCACAAAUUCGAUCUCAUGUACGCCAAGAGGGCCUUCGUCCACUGGUAUGUCGGUGAGGGUAUGGAAGAAGGUGAAUUCUCUGAGGCGCGUGAGGAUUUGGCUGCUCUCGAGAAGGACUACGAAGAGGUUGGCAUCGAGACCGCCGAAGGUGAAGGUGAAGAGGAGGGCUAUGGUGACGAGUACUAAACCGCAAGCCCGAGUACAGAAAUUCUGGCGAUAGCGGGAAAGGCAUAGCGAACGAGACCGAAUAAUUCCAGCCAGGAUUUUUUGGUGUCUUUUACUUGAAAAGGUGAAGGUAUAAACGACCAAGCGUGGCAGAUAUGGAAAAUCCGUUUUCAGCUGGUCUAUGUACACCAGGGAGUAUGAACGUUGUUUUAGCAGUUUCGUUGCCUUCGCGGUUUUUUGAUAUGUUCUAAACGGGGAGUGUGAGCACCGAAAAACUUUUUUCUAGGCUCUUGGCUGCUGAAAUGUCCCGCGAAGAAUCGCUUCUUCCUUG